GUCUCUUGAAAAAAGAGAUCUCAUAGGUUGACAAGGUGACUUCGUUGUCCAGGCGCUUCGUUGUCCAGCAUUCGCAGUGGGAGGCCUUGCUAAUAUAUCAUGAACAUCACUUAUCUCGCCUUACCUCAUUCUGUUAUUCGACCGGCCUCUGCGUCGAAAAAGGAGCGCUUCCAUACUCCCGGGUAUGGAGUACAAGUCCCGCUUAUUCGCCCCCGAUAUGGUUCGUACCUGCAACACACAAGGGUUGAUUAUCUACACCCUGGGAUCGACUAUCUGCACCCUGCAAUGUUCCCGGCAUGGUCCGCUUUCUUAUCAGCUCCGAGCAACAUAACACGAUUAAUCUCACCAACCCGCAUGCGUCGUUCCACUCCCUGGCUUCAAUGCCGGCAUAGAUUUUUCUCUAGUAUGGGUGUGCUCCUCGGGUAUCGUCUUAACCUGGCCGCUUUUUUCUGCCGUCAUUCUUUGAGCAUGCAAGCAUUGUAUGGGGCGAAAGUGCAACGGCAUCUAGCUUCUGCUGCCAUUAUCAUAUCGCUUAGCAUAUGUAUUUACGUGAAGGGGCCAUAAUUGUUUUGCAAUCUGAUAGAUAGACGCGUGCGGAUCCACUGCCUCUAGUGCCGCGGAUGAAUAUCGAAGAACACAAAGACG